AUGUCAGUGGUUCCAAAUCCAAGAGUAUUUUUUGAUAUAUCAAUAGGCGGAAGGAGAGCAGGAAGAAUGAUAUUCGAGCUCUUUAUGGACAAAUUGCCAUACACAGCAGAAAAUUUCAGCGGUUACAUCGGUAAAACUAACAAAUUAUGUGCAGGAGAAACGGGCCUGGGAUACUAUUUGAGGCCAAGAUGGUAUAAGAAUACACCAAUACACAGAAUCGUUUCUGGAUUUAUGUGCCAAGGAGGUAACUUUAAUACAGGGAACUCGUACGGAGGAGAGUCAAUAUACGGACAAUAUAUGAGAGAUGAAUCAUACUCAUACUAUCACUCCAAAAGAGGGGUACUGGGAAUGUGUAAAACAAGGUACAAAAACUCAAACGCGUCGCAAUUUUAUAUAACAUUCAAGCCGUGCUCAUUCUUGGAUAAUAAAAUGGUGGUUUUUGGACACCUAGAGUACGGAGAUGAAGUACUUGAUCAAAUAGAAGAACAGGGAACAAUGAUAGGAAGAACAAAGAAGGAAACAAUGAGUAGAAGUGAACAAAGAAAAGUAAUUAAUAAAAUGUACAGCGGAGAGAUACCUCAAGACACAAUAUACGAUCCGAGAAUCAAUAAUGAAGUGAGGGAACGGAAAUUUAUCGCAAGAACAGACAUUGAAAGGCCAAAGUUCAGUGAAGAAACAUACAAAAUGGAACAGUCAUAUAAAAACAUAAUACCAGAAGAAGUGUAUAAAAGAGCACAUUAUAACUUUUAA